AUGAAUUCCACAAAUUCUGAUGAUGUUUGUGAAGUGGCGGAAGAAUUCUGGUCAUUAUCAAAUCAUGAAAAUGGUGCACGCAUGCGUUUAAAAUUAGAGCCACAACUUUAUCCCAAUAGACAUGAGAAUGCUGCCAGCUUACGUGAUAAUGCUGUUAAUGCUUACGAUACAAAAGAAAUCUCUGAAUUUGAUUCUACAAUCAAAAAUGCUGUAGUGCGAGAUUUUCUAGCAGAUGAUGAAAAUUCACAGCUUGAAGAGGAGCUACGCUUAUCUAUUGAAGCGCAAUCUCAACAAGAUGCAACACUUGAGAAAUCUGUUAUCUCGCAGGAUUGCGAACUUAUAACGCUGAUGACAAAAGUAAAAGGCAAGCUCGAGGUUAAUCAAACAUUGUUCAUAUUUGUUGAUUUAAGCCCACCCGCAGAAACAGGUUCAAAACACGAUUUUCGAUUUGCUAUAAGUAAAAUACGUGAAAUACAUUUACGAAAAUACAAUUUAAGACGUAGUGCAUUGGAAAUAUUUUUAGUAGAUCAAACGAGCUACUUCUUGAAUUUUACAACAAAAACACGAAACAAAGUAUUUACUAAAAUACUAAGCUUACAGCCACCAAAUAUAUUAUAUGGUUCUGGACGUUCACCUAUAGAACUGCUGAGGGCUUCAGGACUUACACAGAAGUGGGUAAAUCGUGAAAUAUCCAAUUUUGAAUACCUUAUGUACCUUAACACUAUUGCAGGUCGUACCUACAAUGAUCUCAGUCAAUAUCCUGUAUUUCCAUGGAUAUUGUCUGAUUACACCAGCGAUAUACUUGACUUAACAGAUCCAAAAUCUUUUCGAGAUUUAUCAAAACCUAUUGGUGUGGUGAACCCAAAAAAUGAAGUUGAGGUGCGUAAUAAAUAUGAUUUAUUCGAAGACCCAUCUGGUGCAAUACCUCAAUUUCAUUAUGGCACACAUUAUUCGAACUCAGGUGGUGUAUUGCAUUACUUGCUACGUAUUGAGCCAUUUACCUCAUUGCACAUAGAUUUGCAAAGUGGCAGAUUUGACGUAGCUGAUAGGCAAUUUCAUUCUAUACCUCAAACGUGGAAGCUGCUCAUGGACAAUCCUAAUGAUGUUAAAGAAUUAAUACCCGAAUUUUUCUAUUUUCCAGAAUUUUUAAAAAAUUUGAACAAACUUGAUUUGGGAUACCUUCAAAUUACCAAAGAAAAAGUUGAUGAUGUUAUACUGCCACCUUGGGCUACAACGCCAGAAGAAUUUAUAGCAAUACAUCGUAGAGCUUUAGAAUCCGAAUAUGUUAGUCAAAAUCUACAUCACUGGAUUGACCUAAUUUUUGGGUAUAAACAAAAAGGUCCUAAAGCUGUCGAGGCACUUAAUGUUUUUUAUUAUUGCUCAUAUGAGGGAGCAGUUGAUUUGGAUAAAAUUACGAAUCCCGUAGAACGAGAAGCAGUGGAAGGAAUGAUUAAUAACUUUGGACAAGUUCCAUCGCAGCUUUUACGUGAACCUCAUCCACGCCGCUUAACACAAGAUGAAACUGUUUUAAAAUUAUUACGUGCCGAAUUAAAACGACCCGAUCUAACCCAGUUCCUCGAUAAGGUUGUGCAAUAUUAUUGUGAACUCUCAACGCCAAAAGAUCCAUGUGUCUUCCUUAGCAUGCCUCGUAGCCCGCCACGCUCAUUUUUACAAUUAAGUCCUGAUGUUCUUGUUAGUAUAUCAAAAUCAUGCAUACUUGGUUGUAAUUCUUGGAUGUCUUAUGAUAGAGAUAGAGGUUUUCUACUUGAAAUUGAUGCAACAACAGCAAAUUUAAAAAAUCGCAAACGAAUUUUUGGUCCUUUGCAUCCUUCGCAAACUCCGCACUCACAAAUGUUUGCUGUCAGUACAGAUGGCAAACUACUUUAUGUGGGUGGUAUUUGGGAUAAUUCGUUACGUGUUUAUAAUUUACAUAAAGGUAAAGCUGUUGCUUCUGUUACACGUCACUUAGAUAUUAUAACAUGCUUAGCAUUGGAUAAUUGUGGUUCAUACUUAGUCACUGGUUCAAGAGAUUGCACUUGCAUUAUUUGGAGCAUACAAACUCAACAAUUUGGUACCAGCCAAACAAGCAACAUUCCAGUGCACGCAUUAACUGGCCAAGCUCAUCUACAAGCGGUUACACAAUUAAACACACAAAAUAAUUUUUCACCAAAACCCUUGACAACUUUAUAUGGUCAUGAUGAUGCCAUUUCCAGUGUAGCCAUUUACACCGAAUUAGACUUGGUUGUUUCUGGUUCUUUGGAUGGCACUGUAAAUGUAUAUAGCAUACAAGAUGGACAGUUUAUACGCACAUUAAAACCUUUAGGUUGUACCGAAUUUUGUGUUCAAAUCUCAUAUGUAACGCUUUCAUAUCAUGGUCACAUUGUCUUCAGUGCUCUCGAUGAUACUUCUCACUCCGUUCAUGCGUAUAAUAUAAAUGGCACAAGUCUUGGUUCCAAAUAUGUAUCUGGUAGAGUUACAGGCUUGGCAACAGCAUCCGAUUAUAUUGUUGUUGCUGAUGAUGCAGGCGAUAUAACAGUCAGUCGUUUGAACGGUCUUAAGCCUGUUUUUGACAUUCCACUACACAUUCCAAUACAAACUGUUGUGGUAACACCUGGUAAUACACAUAUAUUAGCUCCGCUACGUGAUGGCCGUCUAGCAGUGAUAGCAGUUCAAGUUCCCAUUGGAAACAUUAAAAAGCAUUCCGUAAUCAAUGUUUAAUAAGACUAGAAAGAUUAAGAAUCGUCUUUAUAGAACUGAAAGUUAUAUGAAAAAAAAACUUACAAAGUUCAGAAUAAAUAAAUGCUAAAAUUGCAAUUGCUUAAAGGAUAAAUUUUAGCAAAAUGCUUUUUACUUAAGAUGUAACUCCACAUUUUAUCUUGCAUCCUUACUGACACAUAGUGUAUACAUAACAUCACAACAAAUAAAUUGAGAAAAUAUCAACAAAUAUGAAACCUUAAUAAAGCCAAUGAUUUAUAAUCAAAAAGAGGGGAAACACAGAAAAUUAAAACUGCAACAGUAAUGGUGAAGCAAGGAACGUGAAAGUAUUUAAAUUCAAUUAAAGUCCUUAGAAGCUCACAAAAGGAUGUUAAUUCGAUGUUACUUUUUAUACAUAUUUAUAUUUUCUUUUACUGUUUUGUUUAUUAUAUAUUUCCGCA